AGUGUCAAAGUUUAUGUCAGACAUUUGCAUUGAAGGGAUAUUUUUCAUUUGAUCGAACAUAAAACUCCAUUGAAGGAAAAUGUCUGCUAUUCUUUCCCAAAUUAUUCGUCGCCAAAUUGCGACUACUGCCCAAAGAUCUUCUGGCCAUGCUGCCACAGCUGGUGAACACUCAGGUGGCUAUAAAUUGUGGAAACGUAUGACCUUCUUCGUUGCCAUCCCAGCUGUUGGUUUGUGCAUGCUGAACGCCUACUUGGGCCAUCAAGAAGAUCAUCACAAGCCCCGUCCUGAAUUCGUUAAAUACGAAUACUUGGCCAAGCGCGAUAAGCGUUUCCCCUGGGGUGAGGGCAACAAAUCCUUGUUCCAUAACCCACACACCAAUGCUUUGCCCGAUGGUUAUGAAGCUUAAAACAUUCGACACUAUUUUGUGGGACGAACUAGUGCUACCAAUUGGAGGGAAGAGUGGAUGUAAUUUAGCAUUAAUUUGUGUUUAAAUGACGUUUUUGGAUUGUGAAACAUUAAUGAAAACUCAAUAAUAUUUUGGAGGACUUGAAAAUCCCAAAAACAUCA